AUGGCCCCCCCUACUAUCAAUCCGACGACCAUUGUCGCCGUCGACAUGGGCACAACGUUUACCAGCAUUGCCUGGGCCAGUAGUGCCAAACCGGAUGAAGUUACGAUCCUCCGAGAGUGGCCUACAGCCGACCUUUCAAACAAGCCCGGUGAGAAGCACCUUGAAGGGAAAGUCGAUGGCAUCAGGCAUUACCAGAGAGUCCCGACCAAAUUGUCCAAGACGGGCAAAUGGGGCUUCGAUGUCUCUGAUGAUACCCCCGCAGACCAGGUGAUGGAGUGGUUCAAGCUCGGUCUUUAUCCUUGGGCAAGGAGGCUUACACCUCGACAGCUUGAAUUCAUCAAUGCCGGUCCAAGUCCAGAGUCGUUGGUCACCAAGUUUCUGACAUCGCUCCUGGGGUAUGCCAAGACAAAGAUGAACUUCAAGUCUUUGCCCACUGACUUCGAGUACGUGGCCACUGUCCCAGCCAAUUGGAACAAUGACUCCAAGGAGAAGACCAGGACAGCUUUCCAUACGGCCUUGAGGACGGCGGGUAUGCCGAGCGGGACCAUCCAUCUCCUCUCGGAGCCUGAGGCUGCUGCUAUCUAUGCCAUCAAUGAGAAGGCUGAGCGCACUGCUGAUACAGACACCAAGCUCGAGGUUGGCGAUACAUUCGUGAUUAUUGAUGCGGGAGGCGGCACUGUGGACCUGGUCAUUUACACCAUCACCAACCUCAACCCCCUGAAGGUCAAGGAGGUUGGUCUCCGCGAUGGCGAUCUUGCCGGCUCCGCCCAGCUCAACAUGAGAUUCAGAGAGUACCUCCAUAAUAGAUUCUGGUGUAUUCCAGGGUACGCACUACUUUCGCGUAACAUGCGUGAGAGACAUAUAUCCCCCGCAAUGGCCAAGUUUGAGUUUGAGGCAAGUACCAAGCGCUGUUUCACCAAGUCCUCAGGGACCCACGAGUUCCCCCUCAACCUCAUCCUCAACAACGAACAAGCCGGCGUCUACAAUGACAAGAUAAAGGUCAGCUCGGACCACCUCGAAGACAUCUUCAGGCCCACCGUCGGCAUCAUUGUCAAAAAGGUGAAUGAGCAACAGGACGCGUGCCCGACGAAGCCCAUCAAGGCCUUCAUCCUAGUAGGAGGCUUCGCCGGUUCUCCUUACCUCCGCGGCGAGAUCAAGCAGGCGUACAUAUGGAGGAAGGACAGCCAGAUGCGGACCGAAGUCCCCCUCAUCACACCCACGGAGCCCGACCUGGCUGUCACCCGCGGCGCCAUCAUGAAGGGCCUCUCGCUCGUCGGCGACGGAUCCAGCCGUUUGACACCAAGAAGCAUACCAGUCUGGCGACCAAGACAUUUCAUGACGGGUAUACCGGCAUUCAGAGUGUCGACGCCAUGGUUCGGUUUUUCCAGCGGGGCGACGACAUGGAGGAGAGCAAGCCGUUCUCGUUUCCGUUCUAUUAUCGGCAGCGGGUGGAAAACGGGUGGUUUACAGAGUUGUAAGCUGCGAUCAUGGUGGAUAGAAAAAAGGGGCGGGAGGCCAUGUUGGAGAAGGAUGAGACGCUGGGUACGCUGUGCACGCUCACUGCUGAUGUGUCAAAGGUGCCCGAGGCGGAGAGGGUGCAGAAGAAGGGGGGACGGGAAGAUGUACUAUAUCAUAGAGGGUGACAUCAAGGUUACUCGUGAGUAUUGUCCUGGUCUUUUUUUUUUUUUUUUGCUUUUUUUUUUUUUUGCUUUUUUUUUUUUUUUUGCUUUUUUUUUUUUUUUUUUGCUUUUUUUUUUUUUUGCUUUUUUCUUUUUGCUUUUUUUUUUUUUGCUUUUUUUUUUUUGCUUUUUUUUUUUUUGCUUUUUUUUUUUUUUGCCGUGGUAA